CCACAUUUUGUUAGGGUUUUUUCCCAACCAAUUUCACAGGGACCUCGAGCCUCCAACUUCUCUCCUGCGCUAUCUCCUCCACUCCCCAACCAUCUCUCAUUCGAUUUCUUCUUGAUUCCGCCAGCCUCUCUCACUCAGUCGGUUCCUGCACCAUUUCCCUCACUCCGCGACCCUCUCUCACUGUAUUUGUUCCUCACUUCGCCACCCUCUCUUACUCACCCACUCAUUCCGUAGCACCUUCUUCCUCCAAUAGAUCCAUUGCGUCCUCCGUCAAGGUCUUCACCAAAACCGGGAGGUCCAGAGCCACAGCCACCGCCGGGUGUCCAUCUACUGCAGAUUGGAGAUUAUGGAAAUGGGGUUCAUCGAUUUAGCUUCACACACAUUGUAAAUUGUAAAAUCUUGAUAAGCUUCUUUUUUUUUAAAAGCUCCCAGGAUGACUUUAGUAGACAUUGUGGACUUAUCUAGUGACGAUGAACCGGAUGAGGUGGAGGUAAAAGCUGUUAAGUUAGAGGCAGAGGCAGAAAUGGUUGGGAGGACGUUACAACCAAAGAGGUGUAGUAGAGUCGAAUUAGUGAAGCAUCAAAUGUUGAAAACCAAAUCUACUGCACAAGGAAAUGAAGAAAAUGGGAGUGUAAAGUCUUUGAAUCCUAGUCAUAAUUUUUUGGAUCAAGGGCAAUCCCCAGCGGAAGAUACUUGUCUUUCGUCAACUAUAUCAAUGUCUCCAGCGCCAAUUUGUCGUCAGUUUUGGAAAGCUGGGAACUAUGACGAUGGUCUUGGUUCCAAAGUCGCACUUCAAAAUGGAAAAAAUUAUCUACAAGUCCAUCCUAUGUUUCUUCACUCCAAUGCCACUUCACAUAAAUGGGCAUUUGGUGCUAUAGCAGAAUUGCUUGACAAUGCAAUUGAUGAGAUCCAAAAUGGAGCCACUUUUGUAGUUGUUGAUGAAAUCUCAAAUCCAAGGGAUGGAAAUCCAGCCUUGUUAAUUCAAGAUGAUGGUGGUGGAAUGGACCCUAUAGCCAUGAGAGGGUGCUUGAGUUUUGGAUUUUCAGAGAAAACAAAAUCAUCGAUUGGACGGUAUGGAAAUGGUUUCAAGACUAGCACAAUGAGACUCGGGGCAGAUGUAAUCGUCUUCAGUCGCCACUUGGAUAAGAGGGUAUUGACUCAAAGCAUCGGACUUCUCUCUUAUACAUUCUUGAGAAAAGCAAACUAUGACAGAAUAGUUGUACCUAUGGUUCAUUAUGAGUUUAAUACAUCGACGGGUACAUUGGACUUCUUGCAUGGUAAAGAGCAUUUCAUGUCUAAUCUUUUGAUGCUGUUGCAAUGGUCUCCUUUUGCGACAGAAGCAGAGCUUCUGAAGCAAUUCGAUGACAUUGGGUCUCAAGGCACAAAAGUUAUUGUCUACAACUUAUGGGCCAAUGACGACGGGAUUGUGGAGUUAGACUUCAAUACAGAUCCUAAGGAUAUUAUUAUUAGUGGGGAUACUAGAAAAAUUCAAACAAUCCCUGCUUGGAAGUCAGUAAAUGAACAACACAUUGGCAACCGGUACCAUUAUUCUCUUCGCGUUUACUUGUCCAUCUUGUAUUUGCGAAUACCAGCAAGUUUCAGAAUAAUACUUAGGGGGGAAGUUGUGGAACAUCACAAUAUCGCUAAUGAUCUCAAAUUUCCACAAUUUAUUGUGUAUAAACCUCAGAAUGCAGGAGCUGUUGAGGGUCAAAUUAUAACAACUAUCGGGUUUCUUAAAGAGGCUCCAAAUGUCAAUAUCCAUGGCUUCAACAUCUACCAUAAAAAUCGUUUAAUUCUUCCAUUUUGGCAGGUUGUGAGUUAUGCAGAUAGUAGGGGAAGGGGAGUUGUGGGUGUGCUGGAAACAAAUUUUAUUGAACCUACGCAUAACAAACAAGAUUUUGAGAAAACUUCCCUUUUUCAGAAACUUGAAAGUCGUCUGAAGGAGAUGACCUGGGAAUACUGGGAUUACCACUGUGGAUUAAUCGGGUAUCAGGUCAAGAAAAAACAUCCAAUUCAGAAAAUCCCACCUCUUUUAAGUAGUAAAGUGUCUGCCACAUCAAAUCAUAAUUCCUCUGAUGUUAAUACUGCAAAGGAGUCACUUAUCAGAUCUGGGCACACUCUCCCUAACACUAAAAGUCGACAUGAACAGGGCCUACAGAUGAAAAGAAAAGAGCUUGGUAAUUUUGAAGAAAUUCAGAAGCUGAAAAGGCAGGCAGUUGGAGUAAAUAAUUUAAGCACUAAUGGAGGUCUGCUGAAAAAUCAAGAGGCAACGAUUGUACUGGAGGAAAAUGAAAAGCUGCAUGCAAAAUGCUUGGAAUAUAAGAAAGAGGAGGAAGAACUUAAGAAUAAGGUGACCCGACUCAAAAGCCAAAUAGAAGUGGUUGACAAUGAGUACUCCCGGUUAUUGGCUGAAUUACAAGAAAUAGAAAAAAUUAAGCAAGAAAAGGGUGUAUGAGUCUGUCUCUUGUGUUAAAUUCCAUUUAAUUCUUUAAUUUAUUAGCCAAGCAGCCUUUAACAAGAUCUUAGGUAGAUAAGAGACCAAAACUGAUAGCUGCCGCCGGAGGCCGACGCAUCUUGUCUCUUUUCCUAGUUACCGGCUAAUGUAAAUAUCGGAAAUGAAGCUUUUCUAACAGAUGAGAUGAGGAUCUAGGUCUCCUGUUUUCAUUGAAUUCAUAAAUAGUCAUGUUGUACAAAGUAUGUAUGUUGAUGGUAACAUACAAUUAGUCCUUGUACAGAACAAGAUAAGUAAUAGAGAAGUAGAUUUGCAUUCCAGAUAUUCUUGUUUACUUAUUUUGUUGAUUAUAUAAGUAGUGUUUGUCAGUUUUAGUCUAGGAACAAUUACAUUAAACAGUAGUUAUGUAUUAUUACUUUUUUAAAAAUUAAUUUGGCAGAUUGAACUUGAGACUAGCUUAACUAGUUGGGUGAGUGGGUUAUUUUUUCCUGUAAUUUAUUUCUUGUUUUAAUGAGAACAUAUACUGAAAUGCUAUAUUUGGUAUAAA